AUGUGGGACGCUUUAAAUCCACGUGGCAACACGCUAUUCAUCGAGGAGAAUCCAAGGUGGACUCUUUCGGCGAUGAAGCGGUUUCCAAUCCUAAACAUCCACACGGUGCGUUACUCCACGCGCAUCUCCGAAGCAGACACGCUCUUGUCCACGUACAAGGCGCAAUGCAUGGGGAAUCAGCUAACGCUCAAGGGCAACCAGCAUUGUCCGCUUGCCCUGAGCCGGUUGCCGGAAGAGGCGUACGAUCGUGAUUGGGAUAUGAUCAUGAUCGACGCGCCUAGAGGGACAGAGGAUCCGUCGCCGGGGAAGAUGGCGGUGAUAUAUUCGGUGGCGGUGAUGGCGCGUGAGAGGAAGAGGCCGGGCGUGACGCACGUGUUCCUCCAUGACGUGGAUGGGAGGGUUGAGCAGCAAUACGCGCAGGAGUUUCUGUGCAUGAAAUACAGAGUUAGCGUUGUUAAUAAGCUUUGGCACUUUGUUAUCCCACCUUCUUUUAGUUCUGAUGAUACUACUGCUGGAUUCUGCUAA